CAACCAAUGAAUACACAGUUACUUACCUUCACUAUGGUGACUCAAAAUUAAGGUCAGUAAACAGCUGAUUUACAAAAAACUAAACUGAACUAAUACUAUGCAUGUGUACAAACUUUAUUUAUGUAGAUUGCAGUAGAUGAACAUCUAUAAUAAUUUUAUGGGCAACUCAUAAAGAAGAAAUAGUUGAUAUGCUCAAAAACUUAAAUCCAAAACCAUUACUACCAACUCGUAUUGCCCGUUUAGAGGAACUGCUAUUAGGCAAAACAACGUAUUCACUACAACCGGAAAAACUUGUUAACUAUGUUCUUAAUUCGUAUGGAUUUUACAAAAAACAAGAAACAUUUCCAUUCGAUAUAUGGAAUAUAGAUAAUCAAGCAGUUAUGCAUUUAUAUCGAGCUGGAAUUAAACAAAGACGUCAGUUGCACAUACAAAGUGUAAAACAUACUUGGUGGAGACCGAAAUCUGUAAGGAAAAGCUCCGGAAGAACAGGUUACACCUAUAAACCACAAAGUGUAGCUCAAGAAAAAGUAAUUUCAUCAACUAAAUCAGAAAUCACAGAUCAAACAGAAAGUAGCGCCAAUUUUGAACCAAUAAAACGAAUUCAAACCCUUGUUGAAAAUGUUCGAGAUGAAUCGAUUAGCUUAGAUGAAGUCCGACCAAUACUACGUAAUAUAUCACAAGAAAUGGUUCAAGGGGUCAUUGAAGGGAGUGAAGAGAAAAGUUCAAAGUUCUUGGAAAUAAUAGAACAAAAUCAACAGGUUAUUUUGAGUGAAGAGGAAAUGAAAAGUAAUAUAUUAGAAUCAAACAAUACAGAACAGAAUACUCGACAAAAUUCAGUAUUAAAUGAAGUAUCUUCAAAAGAAUUAGCUGAAUUAUUUUUAAAUGAUUUAACUGAUAAUGUAUCCGUAUAUUUGGAAGAUAUUUUAGAUGAACUAUUACAAAAUAAUACCUAUAAUGAUCAUAAAUUUGAUAUUCAUCAUAAUGAUCAUAAUAAGUAAGAUAAUAAUUAUGUAAUAUAUCAAUAAAAUCUAAUUCAAUAAUCAAUUAUAAAGUAAUACUUCCGUUUAAUUUUAAGAUCGUCAUUAUUGAUUUAAAAUCAAUAAAUAUACCUGAUAACAUUUGAUUUAUUGAUGUUUCAUUUUAAUUGAUCAAUUAAAUAUUUAAUAAUUUUAAAAAAAUACCUUCUUAUCAUUUUCCCCUUUUAUUGUUCAAUAAAUUGGAUCUAUGGUAAUAAUGAUUUAUCAGUAACUUUUUUCAUACACCUAAAACAUUUUGUUUAAUCUUGAAAUAAAUUUUUUCAUAUUUUAAAAUAUACAUUAUAGAAUAGAAAUUUGAAGUUUCUUAAACAUUCCAAUU